AUGUAUCUGUCAGCGCGGCUGGUGUCCCUUCUGGGGACCUUGUUUCUUCCCUCAAUUACCCAAGCAUUCGAACUUACCCCCCUAGAGCUGGCAAUCCCUCGCCUGCACGAGAUCAAGCAGCGUCAGAAGGCCGCCUCUCAGCUCGAGUCGCGCGCCUUGAAGGGCCCGUAUCCAGAAUACACCCUCUCUGUCCCUGUGGACCAUUUCCACAAUGAAUCACGAUAUGAACCCCACACCGACGAGCAUUUCGCCCUGCGCUAUUGGUUCGAUGCCAGCCACUAUGAGAAGGGAGGCCCUGUCAUUGUCAUCGCAGCCGGAGAAACCGAUGCGACCGAACGUUUCCCCUUUCUCUCGCAGGGAAUUGUCACGCAAUUGGCAAAAGCGUACCACGGAAUCGGAGUCAUCCUCGAACACCGGUACUACGGAAACAGCUAUCCCUUCAAGAAUCUGGACACGGAGAACAUCCGAUUCCUGACAACCGAUCAGGCUCUGGCAGACUACGCGUACUUCGCGCAGCAUGUCAAAUUCCCCGGUCUGGAGCAUGUCGACCUGACGGCCAAGUCUACCCCGUGGCUGGCGUAUGGCGGAUCCUACGCCGGGGCCUUCGUCGCCUUCCUCCGUAAGCUGUACCCCGAUGUAUACUGGGGAUCGGUGUCCUCGUCGGGGGUCACGGCAGCGAUCGUGGAUUAUUGGCAGUACUACGAGCCCAUUCGGCAGUAUGCGCCCGCCGACUGUAUCUGGGCGACGCAGGUGUUCACGGACAUCGUUGACCGCGUGCUCAUCGACCACGCCGAUAACAAGACGCUAAACAAGCAGUUGAAGACCACCUUCGGCGCAUCAGCCAGUCUCGACGAUGUCUCCUUCGCCGGGCAACUGUCGUACGGUCUGGAUGACUUCCAGGGCCGCAAUUGGGAUCCCGCCGUAGGAAGCUUUGGAUUCCGCCAGUACUGCGACAAUGUCACCAGCACAGACUUGUUGUAUCCCGACACUCGAAAAAUCGAGGCAUCAAUCAAGGAACUCAUUGACAUUGCCGGCUACGACGCCUCCAACGCCACGUUUGUCACGCAGAUCCUGAACCACGUUGGGUUUCUCAGGGGUCCCAUCUUCUCAGACAUCGAUACCGAAUCCAAGGCCUCCUCCAAGAGGACCAAGACCGCCCCCUCCUCCAACUCCAGCCGACCGCUGGCCAAAAGCUCCGACACCAGCUGGAGCUACCAGGUCUGCACCGAAUGGGGCUAUUUCACUACCGGCUCGGGCGUCCCCUCCGACAUCCUCCCGUUAAUUUCGCGCGUGCUGACCGUCCCGGCGCUGUCUAAGUUCUGCCCCGAAAAGUUCGGAAUCACCACGCCCCCGGACGUAGACCGUAUCAACAAGCAUGGCGGACAUGAUUUCUCGUAUCCCCGCGUCGCUAUCAUCGACGGUCUCUCGGAUCCCUGGCGGGAAGCGACGCCGCACGCCGACGGAACAACUCCGCGGAAGUCCACUGAUCAGGAGCCCUACAUUUUGAUCGAUGUCCCCGCCGAGGAUGUCUGGGAUAAGGUGCGAGGCGCCGUGCAUCACUGGGAUCAGAACGGGGUUUUGGGUAAUGAAUCCACCGCGGAUAUCCCCCCGAAACAGAUCGUGGAUGUCCAGAAGGAAGUGGUCCGGUUUGUGGGCGUGUGGUUGAAGCAAUGGAAGGGGGAUGCUACCGCCAUGGAUCAUAGGCUGCGUGUCUGGCUUAGUUUACAUACAUAG